UAAUUUGUCACCGAUAGCUCACCAACCCACUCGAGAUACAAUUCAUUCUGUCUACUGCAACACCUGUGCCCUGCAAUUUAUUGGGGAGAUAAAUGAGCUUAUGCUGCAUGUAUUUGUAGCUGAUGGGCAUUGAUGGUAUUAUAGCAAGGCCUUUCUUAGGCCAUUAAUGGCCCGCGCAAUUUAACAGCGAGAAAGAACCCUCUCUAAAUGCAUACUACUAAGAUAUAAAACGAUACAGUGUGUAAGAGAUUUAUACGUUCAUACAAGUAAUCAAGCUUGGAGUAACGAGUUAUUAUACAUCAGGUGGGUUAAGUUGAACAGAGUUCUUUAUACCAUACUUAGUGUUUGCAUAGAUAUAGAAAAAAACCCAUCAAAACCUUUUGAAAUCUAGAGGCUAAAAUUGCAGGUGGGUGUUGGUAUAUUCUGGGAUUCAUUUUGUAGCAUGGUAGGAGGAGGAUAUAGAUGAUGGGUAGCAAUAGUUCAGAAGUAAUGGUGGAGAAUGUUAACAAGGUGGGAUUGGGAUAUGGUAUUGCCAUUGCAGUGGGGAUGUUGGUUCUUGUAUCAACUAUUAUGCUUGCAACUUAUGUAUGUAUGAGAGUUCAGAGGAGAAACAGGCAAGCCAAUGCGGCAGUAGCAAGGCAGCACUUCAAUUUAACUAUUGUUCCACAGGUGUUGUUGAUUGAAGAGGGUGAGGGCAAUACAGAGUGGAUUGUAGGUGGGCUGGAUCAAAGUAUUAUAAAUUCUUAUCCCAAGAUGUUGUUUUGUAAGGAGAGUCAUUGUGGGGACAGUGUAUGUUCCAUUUGCUUGUGUGAAUAUGGGGAGGAGGAGAUGCUAAGAUUGAUGCCUGAGUGCAGGCAUUGCUUUCAUUCUCGCUGCAUUGAUGCAUGGCUCAGAUUGCAUGCCUCCUGCCCUAUUUGUAGGACUUCUCCAUUGCCUACACCAGUGUCUACUCCUCUCUCUGAGGUCACUCCUCUUGCAAUCAAUUCAGUGCAUCCCAGAUGACAUUUCUUCAUAAGGUACAACAGCCUAUUGCUUUUCAGGACUUUGCAGAGCAGUCAGCAGUAUUUGUAGAAUUAUUGUGAUGUGUUUAUGUUAAUAUCCAGAGAAAAUUUUCUUAAUAAAUUUUUGAAUCUCAAGAAAUUUUUAGCUGC